UUCAGAUCGACCGUAAACCUGACUGGAAACUUCUUGUAGCGCCAGGGAAAAAUUUACAUUUGCGCGCAUGCGCAAAGAACCAACCUAUUUUUCUACUGAUUUUAAUUAAUUGACAUGACAUUAUUUACUCAUUAUUUAGUAAUUGUAUUAAUUAACACACUACUAAUGCUGUAAUUAAUAAUGUAUAAAUGCAUAUUUAUUUACCUGUAUUAUCUGGAAGUAGAAAUGUAAGGCUUUGGCUCAUUGUUGUAAUUAACAAAUUAAUUGACCACUGACCAAUUUCAUCUCAUCGCAUUAGAAAUACGUACAUAGAUAUUGUGUAACCAUAUUUUCUAUAUUUUUACCUUUCUCUCUAUCAGACAUGGAUAUUGGAGGUUUGGAGACUGUGGUGGCCAACUCGGCCUACGUUUCAGCACGUGGAAGUAUAGACAGCACUGCAGCAACCAUGCGGGACAAAAAAUACCGUGCAAAGCUCAACCUGCCACACUUAAGACAAUGUGAACACAUGAAGGCAACAGUUGAGUCUUCGUUUGACAGUAUGUGCAUACGCCAGCCAAUAGGCAAACGGCUCUUUCAGCAGUAUCUUGAAAGUGAACCCGCUUACAAGAACGCUGCAGAUUUGUGGAAAGAUAUUGAAGAUUACAAUGUCGCCCAGGAGAAAGAUAGGCCUCAAAAAGCGCAAAAGAUUGUGAACAAAUACUAUGAGACUUCUUCCAAAAACUUUAGCAAUUUCCUGGGGGAUAAAGCAGUGAGCAGGGUGAAAGAGGACUACAAGAACAUUCGAGGAGAUCUUUUUAAAGAGAGCGAACAGCAGAUCCUUGGUCACUUGGAAGCUACAGCGCUAAAUGGCUUCAGGAAUAGCAUGUACUUUCUGCGUUAUGUACAGUUUAAAUGGCUGGAGAGUCAACCUGUUACAGAGGAUUGGUUCAUGGAUUUCAGAGUGCUUGGGAAAGGUGGAUUUGGUGAGGUCCAUGCUUGCCAAAUGAAGGCGACAGGGAAGAUGUAUGCUAAUAAGAAACUGAACAAGAAGAGGUUGAAGAAACGUAAAGGUUAUGACGGUGCUAUUAUUGAGAAAUGCAUCCUGGCUAAAGUACACAGUCGCUUCAUUGUGACUCUGGCCUAUGCUUUCCAGACCAAAACAGACCUCUGUCUGGUCAUGACCAUCAUGAAUGGAGGAGACCUCAGAUUCCAUAUGUAUAAUGUGGAUGAGAAAAAUCCAGGCUUUAAUGAAACAAGAGCUUGUUAUUACAUGGCUCAGAUCAUCUGUGGGCUUGAGCAUUUGCACCAGCACAGGAUUGUGUACAGAGACCUCAAGCCAGAGAACGUUCUCUUGGAUGAUGCAGGACAUGUACGUCUGUCUGAUCUGGGGUUAGCUGUUGAAAUACCGCCAGGAAAAGAUAAAACACAAGGAUAUGCUGGGACUCCAGGUUUCAUGGCUCCAGAACUUUUACUGAAGAAAGAAUAUGACUAUACUGUAGACUACUUCACUCUGGGGGUCACUCUAUAUGAGAUGGUUGCUGCCAAGGGUCCCUUCAGGUGUCGUGGAGAGCAGGUGGACAACAAUGAGGUCACACGCCGUAUCCUAAAUGACCUUGUUUCAUACCCCCCUAACUUUAGCAAGGAGCUUAAAGACAUCUGUGAGGGACUAAUGGAGAAAGAUCCAGAAAAAAGACUUGGCUUCAAGAACAAUGAGUGUGCUGAGCUGAAGAAUCAUUCCUUCUUUAAAGAGCUCAACUGGGGGAGAUUAGAGGCGGGAAUGCUUCCAGCUCCCUUUGUUCCAGAUCCUAAGAUGGUCUAUGCUAAGGACAUUGAUGAUGUGGGAGCAUUUAGCACCAUAAAGGGUGUUGUGACUGACAACACAGACAAUGAAUUCUACAAUGAGUUUGCAACUGGAAAUGUUCCAAUUCCAUGGCAGGAGGAGAUGAUCGAGACAGGAGUGUUUGGGGAGCUGAAUGUUUGGGGACAAAAUGGAAAACUGCCAAAUGAUCUGGAUCCAAACUAUGUGGAAGCGAAAGGUGGGGGGUGUGUGAUACUGUGA